AUGAGAGUGCUGCUAAAAAUUAGUUUCCUCCUGCUGUUUCUUCCCGUUGUCUUCUUAGACGCGUUCCAGCUGUACGUACACCGUAACAAACCCUGCUCGUUCCUGAGCAGCAGCAGCGGACAGGGCAGCUCACGCAGCAACAGGACAACAGCAAACAGGAGCCACCCAUAUUCCGCCCAAGUGCGCCAUCUAGCAGCAUCAGCAGAUGGGGGAGCAGCAGGAGCAGCAGCGAAUGCAGGGAAAGCAGCAGCAGCUGAAGGAACAUUAGCAGCAGUAGGACCAGCAGCACCUGCACCAGCAGCACAGCUGGAUACAGCUCUAAUAAAGAAGCUGAGGCAGCUAACUUCAGCAGGAUAUGGGGCUUGCAUACGGGCACUGCAGCACAGUGGUGGGGAUGUACCUAAGGCAGUACAGUGGCUGCGGCAGCAGGGGGCAGCAGACGUAGCGGCGGCAGCAGCAGCUGCUGCUGAUGCUACUGGCACGAACAGCAAUGAUAACGUCAAAGAAGGAAUCAUUGGGACAUUCCGUUUAGAAGCAGCCCCAGCAGCAGCAGCAACGGGUGCAGUAGCAGCAACAGCAGUAGCUGGUGUGGAGAGGGUUGCUGCUGUGCAUGUUACCUGCAGCAGCGACUUUGUCAGCCACAGUGACGUCUUCUGUGCAGCAGCAAGACGGGCUGCUGCUGCUGCAUGCAGCUCUCCCGAGUUUGCUGCUGCUGCUUCAGCAGCAGCAGCAAGAGGGAGGUUACCUCAAGAGCAAGCGCAGCUGCUGCAGCAGCUCUUGGCGCUGCCUGUCCUCACAUCAGAAUCGGCAGCAGGCACACCAGCAGCAGCGGCGGACGCAGCCACAACAGACGCAGAAGCAGUAAAAGCAGCAGCAACAGAAACAGUAGGGACAGACUUGGCCUAUACAUCACGAUUAGUGGGGGAGAAAGUACAGCUAAAAGGGUUUGCUGUAAGAGAGGCAUUAAGGGGAUCGGGGAUCGUCUCCUCCUACAGCCACCAACCUGCUGCUGCUGAUGCUGCUGCUCUUGUUGUCCUGCUGCACCUUUCCUACAAGCUGCAGCAGCAGCAAGAGCAGCAGCAAGAGCAGCAGCAACAAGAGUUCGAGAAGCAGAUAAGGAACUUGGGGAGGCAGAUUUGUCUUCACAUUGCAGCAUCUAGGCCACUCGCAGUAAGAGUUGAGGAUCUUCCCCCUGAUAUGGUAGCGCAAGAGCGCCAGUAUGUCCUCAGCAGCAUGAACAGCAGCAGCAACAGCAGCAAGAACAAGGACAUGCCAGAGGCUUUAAAGCAGAAAAUCGUGGAGGGCAAAAUGGGUAAAUGGUAUCAGGAGACAGUCCUCUUAAAACAGCCGUGGGCUUUGGAUGACAGCAAACGAUCAACAGAGAAGGUCCUGCAGGAGGCAGAGCGGCUCUUAAAGGCAAAAAUAAAUAUUGAGGGUUUUGAUUUGCUCGAGGUGAAGCCGCAUUCCUAG